AUGAUCCACCCCCUCACCACCCUCCUCUCCCUCUCCCCCUUGCUCUCCGCAGCAGCAGCAUCAUCAUCACAAGCCAACAUCUACGCAACCCACUAUAACGGCAACGUCUACGCCCUCUCCCUCACCCAGCGCCACAAUGAUGCCUACAAGCUCGACCUCGUGUCCUCGCUGAAAGCAUGCGGGCCCAUGCCCAGCUGGCUCACCGUCGAUCCCGAUCUCCACCUCCUCUACUGCUCCGACGAGACGGGCGAUCCAAAGACCAAUGGCUCAGUCAGCACGCUCUCCAUCUCCGACAAGGGAGGUUCGCUGAAAGAGAUCACCACGACGGAGGUCCCUGGCGGUGGUGUCCACAGCGUUAUCUAUGGUGGUGAAGAUGGGAAGCGAUACCUCGCUAUUGCGCACUACGGCGGCGCCUCCCUCUCAACCUACACCCUCCCCCUGAAACCCAACUCCAAACCCCACCAAUUCAUCCCCUACAAGCUCUCCAAACCCUCCCCCAACCCGCAACAAGCCAUCUCCCACCCCCACCAAGUCCUCCUGGACCCCACAAGCACCUACAUCAUCUCGCCCGACCUCGGCGCCGACGAGAUCCGCAUCUACGCGAUCCAAAAAUCCACCGGCAAGCUCUCGCCCUGCCCCUCCAUCGGGGGCUUCCCGCGGGGCGCGGGGCCCCGCCACGCUGUCUUCUGGACGCCGCCUGCUUCGCUGUCGCGCUUUGCGCCUGUUGGACAUGUUCCUGGGCGGGGGGGCGAGACGACGCUUUACACGGUGAAUGAGUUGAAUGGGCGGAUGAAUGCUUACGAGGUGGUUUAUCCGUCUGCUUCUGGCGAUGAUGACAAGGAGAAGGAGAAGGAGAAGGAGAAGAGGGGGAAUGAUGAGGGAGAAGAAGAGGAGGAGGGAGAGAACUGCCCUAUCUUCAAACACAUCCAGUCCUUCGUGCCCUAUCCGGAUGAGACCCUGCCUGAAGGCGCAUCGCUGUCGGCAGUCGUCGCUGCGGGGUCCAACAUCUACGUUUCCAUUCGCACGGACCAGGCCUUUGCGCCUAAUGAUUCCGUGGUCACGCUGAGCCGGCAGGAGGACGGCACGGUGAAGGUUGAGGAUCUUGUCUCCUCUGGGGGGAAGGUCCCGCGCACGAUGGCUGUUAACCGGGAGGGGAAUUUGAUGCUGGUUGGGGAUCAGAGCUCGGCGAGGGUGGUUGUUUUGGAGAGGGAUGUGAAGAGUGGGGAGUUGGGGGGCGUUGUGGCUAGUUUGGAUGUUGGGGAGGAGGGAGAGGUGGGGACUGCAGAGGGGGUGGGCAGUGUUGUUUGGGUUGAGUAG